UAAAAACUCAGUAUAUAAAUCACAGAACCUAACCAACAAUUUCAAACAUCAAAUUCUUUUUCUCACCAACACCAAAACCACACAAACAAACAGACCUAACACAUUUAAAAAGCAUGGCUCCUGCUACUACUCUCACCUCCAUUGCAGGGGAGAAAACCCUGCAACAAAAAUUUGUCCGGGACGAAGAUGAGCGCCCCAAGGUUGCCUACAACAACUUCAGCAAUGAAAUCCCGAUCAUUUCGCUUGCCGGGAUCGACGAGGAAGGCCGCCGGGCCGAGAUUUGCAAGAAGAUUGUGGAGGCUUGUGAGGAUUGGGGUAUUUACCAGAUUGUUGAUCAUGGAGUUGAUGCCAAGCUCAUCUCUGAAAUGACCGGUCUCGCCAGAGAGUUCUUCGCUUUGCCGUCCGAGGAGAAGCUUCGCUUUGACAUGUCCGGCGGCAAAAAGGGUGGUUUCAUCGUCUCCAGCCAUUUACAGGGAGAAGCUGUGCAAGAUUGGCGCGAAAUUGUGACAUACUUCUCAUACCCAAUCCGGCACCGGGACUAUUCGAGGUGGCCGGACAAGCCAGAGGGAUGGAGAGAGGUGACACAGAAGUACAGCGACGAGCUGAUGGGGCUGGCAUGCAAGCUUUUGGGGGUGUUAUCAGAAGCCAUGGGAUUGGAUACAGAGGCAUUGACAAAGGCGUGUGUAGACAUGGACCAAAAAGUUGUGGUCAAUUUCUACCCAAAAUGCCCCCAACCCGACCUCACCCUUGGCCUGAAGCGCCACACUGACCCAGGCACAAUUACCCUUUUGCUCCAAGACCAGGUUGGUGGCCUCCAGGCUACAAGGGAUGGUGGGAAGACGUGGAUCACCGUUCAACCAGUGGAAGGAGCCUUCGUGGUCAAUCUUGGAGACCAUGGUCAUCUUCUGAGCAAUGGGAGGUUCAAGAAUGCUGAUCACCAAGCAGUUGUGAACUCAAACAGCAGCAGGCUGUCCAUAGCCACAUUCCAGAACCCAGCCCAAGAAGCUAUAGUCUACCCACUGAGCAUCAGAGAGGGAGAGAAGCCCAUUCUAGAGGGGCCAAUCACCUACACAGAGAUGUACAAGAAGAAGAUGGGCAGGGACCUUGAGCUUGCCAGGCUAAAAAAGCUGGCCAAGGAGCAACAAUCGCAGGACUUGAAGAAGGAGACCAAGUCAGCCGAUGAUAUUUUUGCUUAGCCAACUCAGUUUAUCUCAAAGCUUGCUCUUGUUAUGCUACUGGAUACUUGUACCUUUGCCUUCUACUUCUUCUAUGUGCUUAUAUGUGCAAUUUGCUUAAUUAGUGUGUUUGUGGGCAUUGGAAAAGUUUGGUCAAUUUGUGAGUCAUUGAUGCCAAUGCCCCCUCCAGUGUUUCUUUGUCAUAUUUUAUGUUAAAUUAAUAGAUUAAAAUAA